ACGAAGAUCAUGGGAUGAGAAAAUGGGACAUCCAGAAGCUGAUACAGAAUUGGACAAGUUUUAACAGCUUGAAAAAACUAGAGAAAAUCUUUGAAAACCUGAAGGAGGAUAGAGAGGAAUCAGAAUCCGAGGAAGAGGAGAAUAGAUCAGAUGAAGCAAAGACAGUUCCGGAAGGAGAGGAAAAAGGAACUGAUGAUCAGAAUUGUGAAAACAAAGAAGAUAACCUACAAGUUGAGGUGGCUGAACAGGAAACAACUUCAGAAAAAAACAAGUGGGAGAAAGAGCUUCAGAAAAAGGAGGAGGAGAUAAGAUAUAUCACUGUGGAGAAAGAUAAUUUGAAGACAAAACUGAACGAAAAGGAACAGGAACUAAGGAAAAUCACGGAGGACAUGAUGAAUCUGGAGGAACGAAAUGCUACACUUGUGACCGACAAUUUCUGCCUUGCAUCAUCGAGUAUACUUCUGGGAUGGAAGACAGUAUGGAGCACAAGUUUCAAGACAGGAUUUAAAAGACAUGAUCAUGGACGAACCGAUAGCAAGCUGUUGGAGAAAGAAUCACAAGGCUUGGAUGUCCCAACUUUUAUGAAUCCCUUGUGUUGGAAUUCUGCAGAAAAUUUGACGGUGUAUUAUGUACAUCUGUACCUAUGCGAACCACUGUUCCAGAAUCUGGCAAGAUCCAACUAUAUAUUCUUCCCAAUCUCACAUGAAUAA